GAGACCAUUGGUUGUUAAGUAAUAUCUGUUCAAGACGAGAAAUUUGUUGUUAUGUUAUAUCGAGACUAGACAAGGAAGACACCUAGACGAGAAAAACACGACUGGGUGUUAUGUGAUACCUGAUCUAGAGGAGAAAGACACCAGUGGUUAUAUCGUACCACAAAUGAACGAUAAAAAAAUGUCGUACGCCGUUUUGUGAAACUGGUCCCUGGUUAAAGAUAAAGACACGUUCCAUUAGUUGUUAUGAGACAUCUUAACCACCAGCAGUACCAGCACUGAGACAUCCACAACUAUUGUCACUCACGCCAUAAACUUCAGAAGCCGUCAAUAAAGGCUGGCUGAAGCCCAUUAUAUAAUGACGUAGCUCGUCUAACUAUUGCACAAGGGCGGAUGUCUGAGCCGAUGAAAGAAGCAAGAUGCGUCUCUCGGUGAAACAAUGCUUUAUCUUGAUGUUAAUUCCCACCUGUGUUGCGAUUUCCACUGAGAAAAACCUUAUUUGGAGUUUGAAGCCGGUCUCUCCAAACGAUCAUGAUUUGGCCUUAGUUUCUGGAGAUCCGGCUGCUAUCUCUGGAGCCAGUGCUCAAGUUGAAAGAAUAGACCUGGAAGGAGAAAACGCUAUCUACUCUGUGUGCUCGAACUACCACGCUGGAGUAGUUUACGUUGCUGAUUUUAAAGAUAGAAGAUAUCACCAGUGGGAUAUCGGUGAUAAUUCAUACAGAACAAUUCACAUUGGGGUGGGCGAUUCCCUGCAGAUGACGGUCGAUUGGUCUAAUGAAAACCUGUACUGGGUAGACGGAUUCUUCGGUUGGAUUGCCAUGAAGUCAUUGGACAGGAGUGAUCAGUUUGACUACAAAGUUCUAGUGGAGAGAGACGUUGAUUUUCCCUUGGCUAUAGCGGUCGAUCCAAAAAGAGGGUUUUUAUUUUGGACGGAGGUUGGUGGCACUUCACUGAUAAAGCGUGCCAGUCUGGGAGGAGCAUCUCCGCAGGUCAUAGUGCUGGACGGUCUGUACGAGCCCCGGGCCUUGACCAUUGACAUUGCCACGGGAAGGAUCUACUGGGUGGAUAGGGUGAAGGAAACUGUGGAAUAUUGCAACAGUGAUGGCCAAGACCGCAAUGUUCUUCGGAAAAUGAACUCAGUGGAAUUCUUUGGCAUCGCGCAUUACAAGAAUUUCCUGUUCGUGACUGACCAGACAUAUGACGAAGUGUUGAUGUUAAAUUCAACUUCCGGUGCCAUUGUUAAGAGGAUCGACAGUGAUGACGGAAGUCCGAGAAGUAUAGCAGUGUACGCCGAGGAAAACCAACCUGCCCUGAAAAGUUAG